AUGUUCAAGAGAGUCGCAGCAGCAUUGCCCACACAGGUAGGCCGGGUGCUUUGCACGGCCGCCAGACCAACUGUCGCUUCGCCGUUUCGCACAGCAGCACCUUCCGUAUCAGCAGUCGGACGGCGCCAAUAUCACGAGAAAGAUAAAGUGGCACUGCUCGACCAUUACAACAAGCCCCGAAAUGUUGGUUCGAUGUCCAAGACAGAUUCCGACGUAGGCACAGGACUUGUCGGUGCACCGGCAUGUGGCGAUGUCAUGAAACUCCAGAUCCGCGUCGACCCUAACAACAAUACUAUCAGCGAUGUCAAGUUCAAGACGUUCGGGUGCGGUAGCGCAAUCGCGAGUUCGAGUUACUUGACUGAGUUGGUGCGCGGUAUGACUUUGGAGGACGCGGCCCGGAUCAAGAACACCGAAAUUGCAAAGGAACUUUGUCUGCCACCUGUCAAGCUGCACUGCUCCAUGCUUGCAGAAGAUGCUAUCAAGUCCGCCAUCUCAAAUUAUUACACCAAGAAUCCUAAUGCGCGCGCAACAGAUCUCGGUGGCAAGUCGGCACCUUUGCCAAAGGUGGAGGUUGAGACUGUGUCUUCUACCGCGGCAUAG